AUGAAUAACUUCUCUGGAGUUAUGUACGCUUUGAUAUUGUUCCUUGGUGCCACCAAACGCCCAGUAUUGCCAUUGAGGGAACUGUUUUACAGUGAAAAAGCUGCUGGAAUGUACUCAACCAUUCCUUAUGUAAUCCCUCAGGUAUACAUGGAAAUCAUGUACAACACGAUACGAACGGGAGUUUACACGCUGAUCCCUUACUCAAUGAUUGAAUGA